GGUCUGUACACUUCUUCCCGAGAGUACAGUGGAGACACUUGUUGGAGCUCUCUGCCCCUCGCUCAUCCUUAGGCUUUUAUUCUCCAGCAACCGUUGGAAUCCUAUUUUAACAUGUGUAUUUUAGUCCUUCAUAAUGAAUCUUCGAGGAGUCUUGUUGGAGACCUGCACAAUAAAUUUCAAAAUAUUACGAAGAAAAAAGCGUUAUUGGCAUUGAGAGAAUCUCAAACACUUCAGUCACUAAAAUUGUUAGUAUUAGGACGGCGCCUCCAAACUGAAGAUUCUAAAAUUGAGGAAAUUACUAGUUUUAAUUGUCAUGGACAGACGGGCCUGCAAGACUGGAAUAUUUACGAGAAUUACGUAGGAACGGAAAAUGAUAAAGUUGAGUGCGGAUACUACGAGGGAAAAGAUUCCUCAAAUUUAAUGGGUCUUGCAGAUACUUGCUCAGAUUAUAAAGUGUGUUUAUCAAGUUAUGUUUAUGAAAGUAGUUUACUAUGUCACCAAGAUGGUGACCUCGAGGAUAUAAAUGGCCUGGAGAGACGAUACGAACGCCCGAGUGAGCCAGUACUUGACAAAACCUGGAAAAACGACCAAGUUUGGCAGGAUGCAGAAUCGAUGUCUCGGAACGACGCGUCUAAGUAUCGGCUGGAGACUGUUUCAGGCCUCGACCCUGACGACUGGCAUGAUGCUGACGAAGACAAGUUCGGAGAAGUUGAAGUGCGUGAUGGUUUGAUGCCUGGACAGAACACGAGCACUGUGCUGUUAGAUGCUGGUGCCUCCGGUGCUAGACGCAGUGCCGGCGACUCUGAGGGCGGUGCUGGGCGCGGUGGUCGUGGUGCUAGACGACGACACCGUCGUCGUCGUGGUGGUCGUCGUGGCGGUGCCGGGGGCGGCGACGGGGGUGCCGGGGGCGGCGACGGGGGUGCCGGGGGCGGCGACGGUGGUGCCGGGGGCGGCGACGGUGGUGCCGGGGGCGGCGACGGGGGUGCCGGGGGCGGCGACGGGGGUGCCGGGGGCGGCGACGGGGGUGCCGGGGGCGGCGACGGGGGUGGGGGCGGCGACGGGGGUGCCGGGGGCGGAGGGGCGGCGACGGGGGUGCCGGGGGCGGCGACGGGGGCGGCGACGGGGAUGGUGGCGGCGACGGGGGUGCCGGGGGCGGCGACGGGGGUGGAGAUGGACUGGGCUGCCGGUGACUGGGCUGCCGGUGACUGCCGGUGCUGGGGUGCCGGUGACUGGGGUGCCGGUGGCGGCGACUGGGGUGCCGGGGACGGCGACGGGGGUGCCGGGGACGGCGACGGGGGUGCCACCGGGCCAGUGCAAAAACGUGGCUCCCGUUCAAAGGGGCCUAAAAAGGCUCCAUUACAAAAGCCCAAGGAAACGCUCCCACCUAUGUCGGCCAAAUCUAAAAAGAAAAGAUCGAAGCUUAGGAAAAACUCUAGUCAAAGCGGUGAGGGUGUCCUUCCUGAAGAUGGAAGAGGUUUUUAUUAUUUCUGUUCUGACGUUCCAGUGACUAUCAAAUGUAGGCUUGGUCCAAAUAAACGUGAGACCCUAGAACUCCCUCUAUCUGAGGAUGCAAUUAAACGCAUGAAAGAUGCCUUUGAAGAGGCUAAAAUUAAGGAUUCUAUCAGGAGAGGACCGGGCAGGGUUCCCGACAUGGCUGAACAUAUACCUACCCUUCCACAAUUACUUCAGGAUCCAGCUCCAUCCAGAACUGUAAUAUCUCGCCAUUCAUCUCGGUCAACAGAUGAAUCCGCGUUCACUAAAUCACCACGGCGGGGAGCGCGCGGCUCUAAAGAAAAAUUAGGUUCUCAAGAGGGUACCCGUAAGCGAAAUGCUACUAUCGUAGAUUGCCAUCGUAAUCUUAUUGACCGGACCAGAGAAUUGCGUAGUAGAAACGCGAGUAAGUCUACUUCUCCAAGGUAUCGUUCUACCCAAGAGGCUUCUGGUCUCUCCCCACCUGAGCACGUCAACAAAUCUGCUCCUCCAAUGAUUACACUGCCCAUUUCUGCCCUGAAGGAUCUGGGAAUCUCUCUACCUUCGCGCACCAAGGAUUCUCUUUCAGUGCCAUUGCCAACUGUUCCCCAAGAGGACUCGGAUUCUUCUAGUAUAGAUGGUGAUAACUGACGAGGCCACAGCCAGACAUGAACUUUAUCCUAGAUGGAAUAAACGUCCAUCUUACUGCGGCUUGAGCGGGUUCUUAAGACGGCUGAAAUGAGAGGUAUCCUCGUUUGCCCGAACAAUAAAAACUGCUACAAAAGCUUUAAUAGUGAUGUGCUGGAUAAUUUCGCUGGGCAUAAUAGACGCGCUGGUAUAAUAGACGGCCAAGUACCUGCCAUCAGUUCUUGACACCCUGUAACGUGGGCCGUCUGUGGGGGACCUGUUGCUGUGAGGCCUUCAGAUGGUCACCGGGACUUACAGGAAAAGGUUUGCCAAGUCUGUGGCACCAGACAACGUGAUGCCUGUCAAAACAUGGUUUUCUUUUAUGGUUGGUUUGGAGGCAAAAGAUAAUAGCCAUUAACAUGAUUAGCUCGGACGAGAAGCAAUUGGGGGAAACUAGACACGAUAGUCAGUUUUAUCAACUUUAGUUUUAAACAUUGUUGCAGGAUCUCCAAUAAUGGCAUAUCACAAAUGAAACUUUUAAUUGAGCUCCAACAAAUCAUUUUAUUGGUUAUUUUAUUGUGAACUGAACCCAUAAGGGGGAUAAUUUUAAUGAUAUUUUUAAUAAGCCUCUUUGUCCCUCCACUCUUCAUUGACCUCUUAGAAGUGUUAGGGGAGUGGGGGGGGGGGGGGGCGUUUGAGGAAGUGUACUGAUAAUUCGGGGAGCAGUUGAUAGGCCUAGGGGAAGGAUUGCGGGCAAUAAGACUUGUGCUUCGCUCCCACGCGUCUGUGUUCACUUACAACACUGUCGUCCUUAAUCUGUCGUUUGUCGACUUUGCAGAACAGAGCCAAGAGCGUCUCUACUGUACACAUUGGUUGGUUAAGUGGCCAUUACGGAAGUAACCAAGUUUUAAACUUUAGUAUUUGCAACGUUCAUGUAUUAAAUACAGCCUUGGACAAAUACAUUCCCACGUCAUCGUGGAAUUGUGCCAUAGUGGUGGCAGCUCAAAUGUUUUAUUUUAAUUUGACAUUUUAAAUUGCUAAUUAUUUGCAUCUAACCAGUCUUUUUAAGCGUACUAUAGCCUAGUGAAGGCGUCCUGCCUCAUGGUACAACGUGAUGCACAGUCAGUUUCACAUUAACAACUAGUUGAUGCUUGCUCUAAGGUGUUGAUCAGACAUCAGUGGCCCCUUUAUGGCCUCUUAAGGUUCCUUGUGAGCAAACAAUGUAGUUCUUGCGCUGAUUAUCAUGUCAUGGUUUAGAAGGCAUUGUAAGAUAUACCUUUUUGUAAUUGAUGCCCAUUGCUGGCUGGGAUAGUGUAGACGAGGUAAAUUUGAAUGUAAACAAAGGCUUUCUAUAGCAUGGACAACCUGCAUGUAGCCUGCAGGUCUGUAAAAGUUUUUAACAUGGACAGAAUUUAGGUUUAAAAAAAAUCAUUGUUCAAGGUAUGACUGAGACUAAUUUUUAGUUUACUGAUCUAUGUUAGAUAUUAUACUAGUAAAAUAUAUCGGCUCGACUUGUGGAAAUGAAUAUUAGGUUAAUAUUGUAAUUGUUAAUUAUCUAGGUAAAGUAAUAUAUGUUUAAGAAUUUGAAUGUUGUGACGUUAUUUAAACUUUGGUUUUUACUUGGUAGAAUAAAUUACAUUCGAUGCUGUAUGUUCGGUUUUAAUGGCUUUAAAUUGUUAAAUUUUAAAGUUUCACAUGGGCGCCUUGAGCUGCUCCACCAAUCACCUUUGACACAAAUGUAUAAGGAAAGUGCCAGAACUUUAUCUGGACUUCUUCACACUUGGAAAUAAAGUGGUUAAAAGAA